AUGCUACCAGCACAGAGUAAUGAGCUCAAUAAUGACUUGUGCAAUGAAGGUCCAAGUAGUAGUAUGAAAUGGAUAGCAAAUCAACAAUAUUCACAACAAGAAAUACAAUUACAGUUGGAUAGUGGCCCUACUAACGAAAUUGAUUCUGAUCUACAUUCAAAUGAAGUUACAUCAGCACCAGGUGUAGCAAAACAUAUGUGGAAAAGGGGUCGACCAGUCAGAGUUGUGCAUGACAGACUGCUGAGUUUGGAAGAAGAAAGAAUAAGAAUAGAAAAACAAAAACUAUUAGAGAAGAAGAGGUGUAAUAAUAUAAGACUUAAAAUGGAGAAAGAUAGACUAGAGAUUGAAAGACAAAGAAACAUUUUGCUAGAAAAGUUAUUAGUCGCUGUUGAAACAGUUGUCAAUCGA